AUGCGACGAAUAUCACGAUCCCACCGGUCAAUUGACCUGCUACGUACACGAGCCACUGCGAAUUUAUCACCAUCGUCGACGUACCUGUGCGCGGCGUGCAGAAACCAUGCCGCCCCUUUCUCAACAUCCAUGUCCCGGACCGCAAGAGACAAAAUACCGAUGAGCGAGAAGCUGCGCCGCAGAAUAUGGGGUACCGACUCGCCGCCUGGACUGAAGGACCCGUAUGGCGACCAAAGUGUGUUCGACCAGACGAAGCAGCGAGAGCGCGAGCAGGAAAUUGAGGACGCGAAGGAAGAACGAGCCACCCAGCUCGCAGCCAUCGAGGCCCAGAGACGGCAACGAGAGACAGUUGCGGAUCUGGACACGAGCGGGUACGAGCCCGCGACUACAUGGGACGGACUGGAGGAGGUGGGAGGCCCGCUAAGGGAUCCGAGGGAUUGGGAGGGCGAGUAUACCUCUAUUGCGUUUGCUCCGCGGGAGGUGAUGGUGGAUAGCGAGGAGAUCACGGCGGCGCUGCAUAGGGCUAUGGUUGAGGUUUUUGCAUUGCAGGAGGCGGGGGUGCCGCUGAGCAGUAUCUCGACGGAGCAGCCUGGACAGGACCUAACAAUGGACGUUACGUUUGGGGAGGACGCGAAGCUGCAGUUUGCGGAAAAUGCUCCCAGUUUGGAGGAUAUCGUGCAGUCGCUAGCGCCUGUCGUGGAUGAGACUAUUGAGAAGAUGGAUCCAACGGAAUCGGAAGAGGAUGUGGCGGCUGAUCGGUCGGAUGUUGAUCCUUUGCACCCUGACGCUGAGGAGUAUGUUGUUGAAGAGACGGCCGAGGAGGCGGAGCCUACUGAGAGCGAGGAGGAUGUUGCUGCGGACCGCUCGACUGAGGAUCCGCUCCAAGCCCAGGCUGAUUCGGUUGAGAUUACGUUUGAGGAUCUCAUUGCGUCUUGGGGCCCAGCAUGGCUUCAGGUUUCCAUCGAGAACCCUGAAGUCAAGUUCGCCGUCCAUAAGCGCAUGAUGCAAAUCACCGGCCUCCGUAUCCCCGACGCUCAUCUCAAAGCACAAACCCCGCACCAACUUCUCAAGCACCUUGUCAAGGCCCCCAAGCCACGCAAGCUUGUCGAGGCGCUCAGUCAGAAGGAGGACCUCGUGACUCUUCCGAACGUUGCUAUCUACGGCAAGAGGAUCACACCGAUUGACAAGCAGCGGAGUUUGGGCCGGUGGAAGAUUAUCGAGAAGGAGCUGGAGGCAAGAGGCUUGCCAGUCACUGGGCACUAG